GUGCAGGCGGGGCGGAAGGCUGGGACCGUGACCGCGGCCGUGUGCGUCCGUGUACGCGGCGGCCGUGCGGGGUCCGGGUGCGCCUGCGGCGGGGACGACCGGGUGCCGGAGCCGAGCGGGCGACACGCGCGUCUCUGCGGGGCGCGCGGCGCGGGCGCGGGCGCGGCGCUGGGCGCGGGGGGCGCUCCCGGCCGGGAUGAGCUCACCGCAGUCGCGCCGGGGCUGAGCGCCGAGCCGGGCGGCGGCGGGGCGGGCGGCGGCUGCUCGGCGGCUCGGCGGCGGGGCCGGGCCGCGGGCCACCAUGCUGGGCCUGGACGCGUGUGAGCUGGGGGCGCAGCUGCUGGAGCUGCUCCGGCUGGCGCUGUGCGCCCGAGUCCUCCUGACUGACAAGGAGGGGGGGCAGCUGCCGCCAGAUGAGGUGCUGGAUGAGGCUGUGCCGGAGUACCGGGCCCCAGGGAGGAAGAGCCUCCUGGAGAUCCAGCAGCUGGACCCGGACGAUGAGAGCCUGGCCAAGUACAAGCGGGCGCUGCUGGGGCCUGUGCCACCUGUCGUGGACCCAAGCCUGCCCAACGUCCAGGUGACCAGGAUGACACUGAUGUCCGAGCAGGCUCCAGGGCCCAUCACCAUGGACCUCACAGGGGACGUGGCUGCACUGAAAAGCCAGGUGUUUGUCCUGAAGGAGGGCGUUGAUUACAAAGUGAAGAUUACCUUCAAGGUCAACAAGGAGAUCGUCAGCGGCCUCAAGUGUCUGCACCACACCUACCGCCAGGGCCUGCGCGUGGACAAAGCCAUCUACAUGGUGGGCAGUUAUGGCCCAAGCGCCCAGGAGUACGAGUUCGUGACGCCGGUGGAGGAGGCUCCCCGAGGCGCGCUGGUGCGGGGCGCCUACGUGGUCACGUCCUUCUUCACAGAUGAUGACAGGAACCCCCACCUGUCCUGGGAGUGGGGUCUCCACAUCUGCCAGGACUGGGAGAGCUGAGCGCCCCCCGCCCGGGGCUGUCUCCCCACGUGGGGUCCUGGUUUCCCCCGCCUCUGUCAGUCGCUGCAAAGGACCCCUGCGCCUUCCCCGGCCCCUCAGUGACCAGGCCCCCCCACGCCCUCUGUCCUGUCCUAGGGUGCCCCCUUCCCGGGCCUGGCGCUGUGCCCUGAACAGCCCUAUUAAACGUCGCUCUGUCUCGGUG